GGCCCCUCCAAAAUAAAAAUAAUUCGAGAUGCGGCCGUUAAAAGAAACAAGGUACCACCUCCUCUCCUCUCCUCUCCCCCUCCCCAUCCCCACCCAACAUUGCCUACAACCGCUGAAACCCAAGUGACGGCUGGGGACAAUUAGGAAGCGCUGGGGAUCCCUCUUCAAAGGCCAUUCCUCGAUUAGCUCUUUACGCACCGCUACUACAGAUGCUAUAUAUGAAAAUAAUGGAAGUAACAGUAGCACCGAGAGUCCAUGUGGGGCCGGGUUGAGGUCUGUUUGCUGGAGGGUAAUUGAUUUUUCUCGACUCGAACACACGAAUUUAUCAGGAGGGGGAGGGAAGGGAAACUAAUUGUGGUACCCAUAGUUGUUCUUGCUAUUCCCGGGAUUCAAACCGGAAGCUUGGAGUAGAACUAUACGCUGUGAGCGUGCGGCGUUCGAAGAAUUAAAAAGGAUACAUGUAUCCCCGUUCGAGAAGGCGGCAGAUUUCGGCGAGGGGAUCGAUCCACUGGCGGAAGUUGCAGAGGUAUUUCUCUUCCAUCGUUCUACAAUUGGUAACUGCAAUGAAUGGGUGGGGCUAAUGGGUUCUGUAGAACCCCUGGGAACAGUUUCGGAAAGACGAAUCGCUACGGAAAGAGAUAUUCCAGGACAUUGAACGAUGCAUGCCUGAGAAUACGUACUUUCGGGCUCCGGCAAUACAGAACUCCAUACUAAAUAUUCUGUUCAUAUAUUGUAAGCUAAAUGCGGACGUUAGCUAUCGACAGGGCAUGCAUGAGAUUGUUGCGAUAAUACUCUGGGUUGUUGCUUGUGAUGCCAUUUCCCCAGUUACCGAUGCCGAGGAAAAGGAGCAGGGGAAGCCCACGGCUGAUGAGAACAUCAUGGUUGAGUGUCUGGAUCAUCAGUUUAUCGAGCAUGAUACCUUCUCACUAUUCCAAGUCGUCAUGCGCUCGGCGAAGGCUUGGUAUGAACCUGGUGAAGAAGCGUCGGAUUCUGUUAAAGGAAGAGGGAGAAGUGAGAAUAGGAAUAGCUCGCCGAUCGUGGAGAAGAGUAAAUAUAUUCAUGAGCAUCUGCUCAUGGCUGUGGAUCCGGAGUUGUCUGAGCACCUGAAGGCGUUGGAUGUUCUGCCCCAGGUGUUUUUGAUGUAUGAAUUUGCCUCCCCCCCCCUUGUUACUUUACUAGACUAUGAAAGUGGCUAAUGGGUGCGCAGAAGAUGGAUUCGAUUAUUAUUUGGCCGGGAAUUUCCUUUCGAAGAGCUUUUAGAAGUAUGGGAUGCGUUGUUUGCUGAGGAUCCGAACCUUCAGCUCGUAGAUCAUGUCUGUGUUGCUAUGCUUUUGCGGGUUCGGUGGCAAUGUGAGUACCUUCGAAUUUCCUUCGAUGGAGUGUGACUGAUGGGGACUUUUUUUUCUUUUCUCAGUGAUGGAGGCGGAUUAUUCUACUGCCCUUACGCUGGUACUUCGGUAUCCUUCGCCGACCGCACCUGAUCUUCCGGUAACGUUCGUUGCCGAUGCAAUAUACAUCCGAGAUAAUCCUACAUUUGCCGGGGGAAAACACAUUGUCGUCAAGUACUCUAACCGUGCACCUACCCCUCCUGCACAAAAGCAACGAGCCCCGAAACUUUCACGGAAAAAUAGCCCGGUAACACCACCUGCAAGGUUUCUUCAAACUGGCCAAUUGGAGAGUAUUGUACAGGAUGUUGCUAAGAAUAUGCUUAGCCAAGGCGAGAGAUGGGGUGUGAAUCGUGCAGUCAGGGAUGCUGUGGGGGAUAUAAAAAAGAACGUUCAGGGCUUCCAGCAUAACCAACACCAACAGUGGGCUGCGCAGGAAUCGGCUAGAGAGGCUGAAUUGGUAAGGAGGAGUCGGGAGCUAAGUAAGAAGCUCAGGGCAGACGACGAUAGGAGGAAGAAACUGGAGAAGCUCCUCCAAUUGAGCAUCGAAGAGUUGGAAAAGGACGAUUUGAGCACGAAACAGAAGAAAGAAUCAUUGAUGAGACUAAACCACGUUCGCGAGUGUCUUUCGGAUGGCACAAAAACAGUGGACUACACUCCCUCAACAGAGCCCUCGCCAGAGACACAUACUAUCACAGCCUCGGUUCUCACAACAUCCCCUUCAUCAACCGCCAAACCCCCCCUCUCAAGACGCGCCGCCCCCUCAUCCACAUCUACUAUACAUACCUCCACCUCCACCACCUCCCAACAGACCCAAAAGCCAAAAUCAGCACCACCAUCACCACCCAGCCCCGCCCCUCCUCCAAAGCCACAAAGGGUGCCCACAUCCCCGCAGGGAGGCUUCGUUAAGACGUCUUUCAAAAGUAACUCCGACCCAGACUUUCUCACGCACAGACCUCGGGCGUCGCUAGCUCAGAGCAGCUUCGCCUGGAUGCUCGGAGACGACCCUGCAGCGAAAACAAAAACGGCCUUUGUGUCUGCUUCUAUCCGAAAGUCUGGGAAUGCGAACUCUAACCAUGGAGGCCGGGGUAGUGGGGGAGGAGGAGGGGCAGGAGGGGCAGAUGGUGUGGGAGAUGGUGUUAGGGUUGACGCUACGUGGACUCCAGAUGUGGACGAAGGAUUUGAUCUGGAGAGGUUGAGGAGGAAGAGGUAG